AUGUCCAACCCAAAAGAUAUCAAAUUCACCUUGAAAGCCAUUAUAAACAAGCAAAAGACUAAGGUUCUUUAUGUGGAGGCUGAUAGCGAUUUUGCAGAUGUUUUGUUGAGCUUCCUGACGUUGCCAUUGGGGACUAUCGUCCGAGUCUUGAACAAACACUAUGGUGAUGAGGCCCCUGUUGUAGGAAGCUUAACCACUUUGUACAACGGCUUACGCGAUUUGGACAAUGGCCUUUUCUCGUCAGAGGAUUGUAAGAACAUGCUGCUCAACCCGAUAAGAGCGACCGAGGUUGAAUGUCGUCGGUUGAAAAUCAAUGUUGACGACACGCCGCCCACAAGGUACUUCAAAUGUGGUGACGUAAAUUGUAGUUCUAGUGAAACGUUGAACGUAAGCAUGCACUUCAGCGGAUUGAAAUGCGAUUGCGGGCACCUGUUGGACCAAAAAAUUGACAUGAUAGGUUUGGAUGAUGGUGGCGGCGGGGUGUUUAUUGCUAGUAAAGCAUCCUUAAUCAUAUCUGAUGAUCUUCAAGUAUUGCCUAGUGCGUCGAGUUCCGCCAUGCAAAUUCUCUGCAACUUAGGCAUUACGGAUACAGUUGGUUUUGAAGAAAGGAGUCUAACUUGGGGAUUCAAUGAGAUAAUGGAUUUGCUGAAGGUGUCAUUAGUUUCCCGGGCACCAUUCACGGAACUUAUUCUCGAUCAAAAGCCGUUGAACCAUGUUGCGAUGAAGUGCGUGAUAGGUGUCCUACCAGUUGAUUUAGUCAAGAAACAGAUGGAACCUGUCGUUGCUAAUAAAAUGACUGUGAAAGCCAUUGUAUCAGCUAAUAAGCUACUAUUUGCUGAAGUUGAUGCUACUUUUGUGGAUUUCCUAUUUAGCCUGCUGGCUCUCCCCUUAGGAGGGGUCGAGUGCUUACUGCGCUGUGACUCUUGUCUUAUAAAUAUAGACAAUUUGUACAAAAGCGUAGAGAAUGAGAGCGCUGGAAAGUAUUUGAAGAACCAAUUGGAAGCCAACACCCAGCUACUCCAGCCAAAUUUACCAUUCUGUUACUGCUCGAGAAACUACUUUAUCUCACCGACUGACACACUUUUCCCUUCUUUGUAUUUUCAUCAAGAUAUAGACUGUCUGUUACCUUUUCCAUUGGCGAAAUUAUCAGAUGGCUAUGGCAAAUGGGUGAGCGUUUAUAAGUUUCCGGAAAACCAAAGGGCCUACUCUACUUACAGCCAUCAGAAUUUUCAUUACAUAGCAUGGCGGGAAAAAUAUGUUAAACGACAAACUAUGUAUAUGGUGGCCGAUGAUUUAACUGUGACUCCCUUGUCUUCCACCUCGGGUUUUUCCAUUAUCAAUAGCCUCAAAAUCCCAUUAUCCGAAGUCAAGGAACUCCAGCUGGCUGUUGGUUUGGAAGAGGCUCUGAGCAUACUGAAAGCAUCUCUGACUUCGUCUCGAGCCUUAACCGAUGGCCUCAUAACUCCAUUUUUAAUGAAACAACCGAAGCAAGAGGGAUGA